AUGAAUGCGAACCACGACGAGGCACCAGCCUCAUACGAUGACAUUGGGGUCGGUGACGCACACCCAGAGGUGCAAAAAUGCGUCAAUCGGAUCUUCAAGGCAUCUGGGAAGUAUCCCUGGGACUGGCUACCGAGAGAUUACGUUCCCAAAGUCGCCGCUUGGGGGACCAACGCCGCGUUGAACCUCGCCCUUGCCGUUGAAGCUGUCCACGCCCCAGGAUCAACGGCUACCAUGGACCAAUUGCGUGAGUUCCUGGUAGGAAAGGCCAGGGAGCGCCAGAAAGUGAGCAAGAAUGGCAAGCCAGUCAAGCCCACCAUGAACUCGGAUUGCGCAAAGGCUAGAAAGUGGAUUGAAGACAACAUGGUCAACUCCCAAAGCACAUCGAAACAGAACAAGCACAAGCGGUCGGGCCAUGACGGUGCCUUUAGGAACGCGAGACUGAAAACAUGGCGCCGGCUCACCAUCGCUCAGAAGCAGCAACCCCAGGACAAUCUUGGCGAUGAUGAUGACAAUGACGACGACGACGACGACAACGAUUCAUCCCCAGGGAUUGACUUCAGUAGGGAAAUGAGUGUUCUCAGCGAUAUCAGCAAUGUGAGCAGUGCAAUCGGUCCAUCCGAUCGGACUUGGACUCACAAGCGGGACAUGCCUCCUCCACCCUGUCCAGUCCCUAGCAAACGCUCGCGUCAGGUCGAGCAAUUCGUAUCGACCAACAUCGAUGACUCCAAGGAAGCAUCCAGUCUAGUCGACGCAGAGGAAGAAGCUUAUCUCAGUCAAGCUGAAGCGACGAUGUUCUAUGCUAUUAAUCGCAACCUUCGGACAGUUGGCGAAAGGAUUGAUGCUGCUGAGUUCCGGCGCAACGUAUACAACCAGGAGAUACACAAUGCCCGAAGAAAAUUAGCUUCAAUCGAGAUGCAAGCCAGCCACUGCGUCGCGAAAGCCACGAGAGAACGAGACGAAAAACAAAAGAGAGUGAGGCAAUUGAGGGAGGAAAAGAAGACCCUUGACGCGGUGAUGGAGAACCAAGGUGGAAAGUGUUCAGACGCUCUGCAAAAGAUGUACGACGGCUUUAUCUUGGAAUAUGAAGACGAGCAGAAGGAGCUCAAGAAAGCCCAAAACACUUUGGAAGCAAUAGAAGAGGAAAAUCAGAAGGACAAGCAGCGUCAAGACGAACAAGGUAAGAUCACAUCUCUAGAGAAGGAUAUUGCCAAAGAAGAAGAGAUUAUCAAGCGGGCGACGAGGAGGAAGUUAGCACUCGAGACGGUUCGUUGUAAUGUGGAUUUGGACAGAUUUCUGUCUGCUCCCGACGAAGUACUAUGCGCAGCUCACGAAGCAGCCAUGAAAGGGCAAGAGUACUUGUCGUAG